GUCCCACGUGCCCUAAAUUUGGCUACUUUAAUAGACACCGUCUUCUGACCUCGGCUAUUCCAGUCAAGUUCAAGAGAAACUUCAAAAUUGGAAGUUAAACUGUAGAAGUCGCGUUUAAAGACGCAAUCCUGCCGUUUACUGUACACGUCUUAGGCCUACUGUGCGACAUAAUUGUGACAAACUACUAAACUGGAGCACGAACCAACAACAACAAAAAAAUAAUAAUUUUCAUAAAAGAUUCUACAUAAAAGUGGGCGUGGAAUCGCAGUUCCUGCAGGGAGAUGGGUGGAGAGCCCUAAAAUAACCUGCGGACUUGUCAUGGCUUCUGGAAAAGUGCACUCUAACCAGCUACAAUGGCGACCGGACCAGUAACGCAGCAGAUCGUCAGGAAUCAGCAGGGGACGCAGAAACCUCCGGCAAACGUGCACCUCUCGGACGUCGAAGACUGCCUGGUAUACGAUCGGUAUGGAAAUGGUAUUCCUUUCGGAAGAUUGUAUCAAGAUAAGACAUCAAUCAUCGUUUUCGUUAAGAACUUCUUGUGCUACACGUGUAAAGAGUAUGUUGAGGAUCUUGCCAAAAUUCCAAAGAAAUCGCUCCUGAGUGCUGAUGUCAGAUUGGUUCUGAUUGGACAGUCAUCUCACUGUCAUAUAGAGCCAUUCUAUGAAUUGACGAGAUAUCCCCAUGAAAUAUAUGUCGAUCCUGAAAGGAAAAUUUAUACCACACUGGGGAUGAGAAGAGGAGAGGCGUUUGCAGAAUCAGCGUCGCCGUCUCCGCACGUGAGAUCCAGCAUGCUCCGGGGCACCGUCGGCAGCCUGUGGCGGGCCAUGAGAAGCCCCGCCUUCGAUUUCCAAGGAGACCCCCUCCAACAGGGCGGGGCCAUCAUCGCCGGCCCGGGUUCUGAGGUACAUUUUGCACACUUUGACAUGAAUCGACUGGACCAUAUGCCUAUAAACUGGCUACUGCAACUGGCCGGAGUGGAAACCGUUGACUUCAGCGAUCAGCCAAAGAUAAUCCAUGUUUGAAAUAUGAAAUCUAUAAAGGGCGAGGCGGGGUGACGGUUAGGGGCGGGGCAACUGCAAGUAAACACAAGCGUCUGCUGUUAACUGUACAUAGGACUAUUUAAUUGCGUAUUAAAGCUAUCCUUUUUCACUGGAGACUUCAAUAAAUCAUUUUUGUACUCA